AGGGUCUCCACUGCCUUAGGUCACACGUGGACACCUCCAGAAAAGAAGGAAACAAUAUUUCUUCACCUACCUGUAAUUCUGCUGUUUUUUUGCUCAUUUGUUUUUGCACAAAAAUACUAUUUCAGUUCCUCUGGUAGUUAGAGAACUAUUGAAGAUUUCUUUUUUCUUCUUGAGCUACAUCUUUUUAGCAAGUGGGCUAUUUAUUUGGUCUGUAGUCUCAAAUUAAUUAGCAUAAUUUUUUCUUUUUUGUUAUUUCCUGUAUAUAUUUUGCAGUUAUGUCUCCUUUUUCAUUGCUAAUAUUGGUUAUCUGUGCCUUUUCAUUGUUUUUCUUGAUCAAUCUCACCAGAGGCUUAUCUAUUUUAUUAGUUUUCUCAAAGAACCAACUUUUGGCCUUGUUGCUUCUCUCUAUUUUGUCUUUGUUCUCAAUUUCUUUUAUUUCUGCCCUUAUCUUUUUUGAUCUCCUUCCUUCCACAUUUUUUGGAUUUAUUCUUUUGCUCUUUUUCUGAUUUCAGAAAUUGGACACUAUGUUUAUCACUUUUUAACCCUUCUUAUUUUUCAAUUUGUGCAUUUUAUUUAAGAAUAUGAGUUCACCAUUAAAUACUGCUUUUCUAUAAAUUCUGGUAUCAUAUUCUAUUAUUGUUUAUUACAAGUUCUUCAUGAUUUCCAUCAUAGUUUCUUCUUUAACCUUAGAAUUAUAUAGAAGCAUGCUCAAAAAUUUUUCUAAAUGUUUGAAGAUUUUUAAAUGUAUCUUGCUGUUAUCUUGAUAGCAUUAUGAUUAAAGGAUAUAGUGUGUU